UUAAAAUAUACAAAUCAAGUGGAGAGUAAAAAAAAUCAACCACAAUGGAGUCAUCUAAGAAUGUCUCAGGUUUCCUGGGACACUCAGGCCUGAUGACAUAACCAGGUCUUGAAGGACUUCCAAAAUGAUUACAGCGAUGGCACUAACCUGAUGGUGGUGUGCCUAAGGCCCCAUCUGCCCCUUGAUCAAGAGGCUUGCCUAAAUACACUUCCUUGACACUGAAGGUCAACAGAAUCCAUCAAGGUGAUAAAAUCUGCCCUAAUUGGCUGUCAUCUAUAGGCUCAGAACUCUGACCAUUUUAUCAUGUAACAUAUUGAGUCCAUGUCCAAUCAAGCAUUAUAAUUGUGCUUUUAGGAUUUGCAGAUUAAAGGAGGUCUUGCAAAUUCUUCUCAAAUCUGUUAACAGGGAUCCUUCCUCAUUCAGGGUCCUGUAUCCUUUGAGGAGGUUGCCGUUCAUUUCACCAGUGAAGAGUGGUCGCUGCUGGAUUCCAGCCAAAAAGCCCUGCAUCGAGAAGUCAUGUUGGAGACGUCUAGGAGUGUGGCCUCUUUAGUUGAUGAGGAGGUGAAUGAAAAUUACCAUGAACCAAGUGUAGUGCCAUCGAAUAUAAUCAAAACUGAAAUACCAGAAGAGACUUCUGCAAAUAAUUGGGGAAGGAGGAGAUAUGAGAAAAGCCAAUCUUACAACUGGAGACCAAAAUCCGCUCUUGAAUAUGUGGAAAUGGAUCACUUCCUGACCCAAUGUGAUUCCAAAGAAAACAGUGUGGGAAAGUGUCGAAAAAGUGGGGAAAUACUCCAAGCAAAAUACAAUUUCAGUAACCACUGCAAAAUUGGAAAGAGCUUCAGCAAUAAUAACAACACUACUUCCCAUAAGCCCUAUAAAUGUCUGGACUGCGGAAAGAGCUUUAGGUGGAGUGGUUAUCUAACCGCCCAUAAAAGGAUCCAUUCAGGGGAAAAACCCUAUAAGUGCAUGGACUGUGGAAAAAGCUUCAGUAUGAACAGUUCCCUAAUUUCUCAUAAAAGGAUCCAUUCAGGGGAAAAACCCUAUAAGUGCAUGGACUGUGGAAAAAGCUUCAGUAUGAACAGUUCCCUAAUUUCUCAUAAAAGGAUCCAUUCAGGGGAAAAACCCUAUAAGUGCAUGGACUGUGGAAAAAGCUUCAGUAUGAACAGUUCCCUAAUUUCUCAUAAAAGGAUCCAUACGGGAGAGAAACCCUAUAAAUGCAUGGAGUGUGGAAAGAGCUUCAGGAAAAACAGUGUCCUUACUUCCCAUAAAAGGGUCCACACAGGAGAAAAACCAUAUAAAUGCAUGGAAUGUGGAAAAAGCUUCAGUCAUAGUGGUUCCCUUACUUCCCAUAGCAGGAUCCAUUCAGGAGAAAAACCCUAUAAAUGUAUGGACUGUGGAAAAAGCUUCAGAAUGAAUGGUUCCUUUACUUUUCAUAAAAGGAUCCAUACAGGAGAGAAACCCUAUAAAUGCAUAGAGUGUGGGAAGAGCUUCAGCACAAGCAGUGAGCUUACCUCCCAUAAAAGGGUUCACACAGGAGAGAAACCCUAUCAAUGCCUGGAGUGUGGAAAGAGCUUCAGCAGUAGCAGUUACCUGUCCUCCCAUAAAAGGAUCCACACAGGGGAAAAACCCUAUAAAUGCAUGGAGUGUGGAAAAAGCUUCAGUAUGAACACUUCCCUUAGUUCCCAUAAAAGGGUCCAUACAGGAGAGAAACCCUAUCAAUGCAUGGAGUGUGGAAAGAGCUUCAGCAACAGCAAUCACCGGAACUCCCAUAAAAGGAUCCAUUCAGGGGAAAAACCCUAUAAAUGCAGGGACUGUGGAAAAAGCUUCAAUUUGAACAGUUCCUUUACUUUUCAUAAAAGGAUCCAUAUGAAAGAGAAACCCUAUCAAUGCUUGGAGUGUGGAAAGAGCUUCAGCAGCAGCAGUUACCUGACCUCCCAUAAAAGGAUCCACACAGGGGAAAAACCGUAUAGAUGCAUGGACUGUGGAAAAAGUUUCAGUUUGAACAGUUCCUUUAGUUUUCAUAAAAGGAUCCAUAUGGGAGAGAAACCCUAUAAAUGCAUGGAGUGUGGAAAGAGCUUCAGCAGUAGCAGUUAUCUAACGUCCCAUAAAAGGAUCCACACAGGGGAAAAACCGUAUAGAUGCAUGGACUGUGGAAAAAGUUUCAGUUUGAACAGUUCCUUUAGUUUUCAUAAAAGGAUCCAUAUGGGAGAGAAACCCUAUAAAUGCAUGGAGUGUGGAAAGAGCUUCAGCAGUAGCAGUUAUCUAACGUCCCAUAAAAGGAUCCACACAGGGGAAAAACCUUAUAAAUGCAUGGACUGUGGAAAAAGCUUCAGUUUGAACAGUUCCUUUACUUUUCAUAAAAGGAUCCAUAUGGGAGAGAAACCGUAUAAAUGCCUGGAAUGUGGAAAGAGCUUCAGCAGCAGCAGUUACCUGACCUCCCAUAAAAGGAUCCACACAGGGGAAAAACCGUAUAAAUGCAUGGACUGUGGAAAAAGUUUCAGUUUGAACAGUUCCUUUAGUUUUCAUAAAAGGAUCCAUAUGGGAGAGAAACCCUAUACAUGCAUUGAGUGUGGAAAGAGCUUCAGCAGCAGCAGUUACCUGACCUCCCAUAAAAGGAUCCACACAGGGGAAAAACCGUAUAAAUGCAUGGACUGUGGAAAAAGUUUCAGUUUGAACAGUUCCUUUAGUUUUCAUAAAAGGAUCCAUAUGGGAGAGAAACCCUAUACAUGCAUUGAGUGUGGAAAGAGCUUCAGCAGUAGCAGUUAUCUAACCUCCCAUAAAAGGAUCCACACAGGGGAAAAACCUUAUAAAUGCCUGGAGUGUGGAAAAAGCUUCAGUAUGAACAGUUCCUUUACUUUUCAUAAAAGGAUCCACACAGGAGAGAAACCCUAUAAAUGCCUGGAGUGUGGAAAAAGCUUCAGCAGCAGCAGUUAUCUAACUUCCCAUAAAAGGAUCCACACAGGAGAAAAACCCUAUAAAUGUAUAGAAUGUGGAAAAAGCUUCAGUUUGAACAGUUCCCUUACUUCUCAUAAAAGGAUCCAUACAGGAGAGAAACCGUUUAAAUGCAUAGAGUGUGGAAAGAGCUUCAGCAAAAGCUGUUACCUUACUUCCCAUAAAAAGAGCCAUACAGGGGAGAAACCAUAGAACUGCUCUGGUUGUGGAAACAUUUUUUGUGAGAACAGGAUCCUUCUUAUAACAGGAACCACAAAGGGGAGAAAAAAAAUAUAAAUGCAUGGUGUGGAAAGAACUUCCUGUGGAGCAAUCAACUUACUUCCCAUAAAAGGACCCAUAAAAUGGGGAGAUGCCUUUAGGGACUGAAGUGUCCUGAAUUCCUAUAAAAGGAUCCACUGUGAUAUGAAACCGUAUAAAGGUACAGAACCUAAAGAGAGUCAGUUUGUUGAGUUGCCUUAUUUCCCAUAAAAGGAUCUGCUCUAAGGAUUCAGUAAGUACAAGGAUCCUGUGGAAAGAGGUUGAGAUGACCAGUCCUUCUUUUGGAGGAUCGCCAUAGAAGAAACAGAAUAAAUGUAUGGAUUAUGGAAAGAGCUCCCCAGGAUAGAUUUCUUAAUACCAGAGGUAUUGCCUAGUCAAUUAGGUCUGGCUCACGAGAAUCUCUUAUUAAAUUGUCCCACUCAUUACGUCAAAGCCUCUCAAAACCUCUGCCUGGUCAAGCUGCCUUAUCUAGGCAGAAGCAACAUCUGAAGGAAGUCCGAGAGCUGCCAUAUGUAAGCAAAGCAAAGCAAAAUGUUUUUGUGCAUUUGAGUAUUUUAGCUCUAACUGUAUUGAAAAUACCAGCCUUUCCUAAAUGUGUAUGUAAGUAUCUAAGCUAUUGAUUCUUUUUUUCAUGUAACCCGAUGUGCAUAGCUCUGGUUCAUCAGUGAAAAUUCUCCCAAAUGUUUAUAUGUACAUGCCCAUUUUGUUUACCCAGCUGAAAGCAGAAGUGUAGCCAGUGAGUUUGAUUGUAGCUGUUGCCUCUAUGCUUUAAAAAUGCUUUUAUGAAUCC